CAGCCGCAGCCCAUACGGAGUGACUGGCUCUGGACUGCGUAUUAAAAAAGUGAUACAGACCCUGUGUAUGGAUUUGUGUCGGCAGUUGAAUAUUUUCUGUUGCAUAUAUAAAUAAAGAGGCUAAUUAACAAGUGUAAUUAAUGCCUUUUCAUUUAAUAAUGCAUUCAGAAAUGGAAGAAUACGAGGCGGACGUGUCCGUGGUGGACGUGUACGAUAUCGCUUCGGAAAUUGGAAAGGAGUGUGAAAAAUUGAUAGAUGUUUUCGGGGCGGAUUCUGUAACUAGUCUUAUGCCAAAAGUCAUCAACGCGUUAGAGCUCUUGGAACGAUUAGCGACUAAAAAUGAACGUGAAAAUACUACUGUUCAAGAACUCAGAUCCAAGAUUUCACAGUUGGAGAAUGAUAAAAUUGAAAAGGCAGAGGAUAGGCAAAGAUUUGAAAAGGAAUUGGAACAAAUCGAGGAUCAUUGGCGACAAGAAUCGCGAGACUUGGUGGGUAUGGUAACUAGACUACAAGACGAAAAUCGCCGGCUAGCUACAGCCUUGCAAGAAUCGCGUAGCGACAGUGAGGACAGCGGUAAACAAACAUUCACUGCUAGUCAAGAGGUAGAUGUUGCGGUACUGCAACGUUUAAGAACCAUGAUCGAUCAACAAAGGGACCAAAUUCGAGCUAGGGAUAGAGAACUGUCUCAAAAAACUUUGGAAAUUGAAAAUUUAAGUGGUCAAGUUGAAAAACUAGGCGUUGUGGGCCGAGAAUUAAGACGUAAACAGCGUCAGGCACAAAUGCAAGCUAGAGGGCUUGUUGAAGAACGAGCAGAUUUUCUUGCCCAACUUCAAGACCAGAAUCGAGAACUAAUUAAUCUUCGAGCACGUCUUGGUCUAGCUAGAAAGGAAAAUGAGGACCUAACAAAGUGCCAGCCAGCUCCUGAUUUUGCUAACAAAGCAGUAUACGAUUUGGAUGACCCAGACCGGCCUAGAUUUACCACUGCUGAACUCAAAGAAAUCUUACAUGAAAGGAAUGAACUAAAAGCUAGAGUUUCCGACAUGGAGGAUGAGCUUGAACUCUACCGCCCUAAGCCUGAGACGACCUUGAGUUGUGCAAGCCCGUAUAGUGGGCAACCCGCGAUUCCAUUUAGUAAAGGACAGAAUUACAUCGCUACUUCUCCUGCCACAGUGACUAAUGUUACUCCCCCCGAAGAUGACAAAGAUGCACCAGUACAAGGACCAUUACCCUUCGAGCCAGAUGAUGCACCUUGGAAAAAGUCAUCAGAAUCUGGGAUUCGCAAAUUCUUCCGCAAAAUAUUUUCUGAAAGCAGUGGCAGUUUUUUAGGCAGUAGCAGCCCAAGGAGAAGUCUUUCUAGUCUCUCCAAAAUGGCAUUGUCUGGCAAUGGUGCAAGUGAUACAUCGAUUUAAACAGUCAAUCAUUAAUGGUACUGAGUAUGCAAAAUGGUAUUUGAACUUCGUGAUGUACAACUCAUUAUUAGACGAACUUCUUAUGAUAUUAAAUAACGAGAUUCAUACUAUCAAAUGUCGAAAAUCUGUUGAUAAUCUUUUAAUUUAAAUAGUCGUAAUUGAUUGAAAUCGCAUUUAUCUUGCUGUUUGUAUAUACUAUAACUGUUAUUUCAAGUUUCAUUUUUUUUAUCGUUCGAAAUGAGAAGUCUAAUAUCUUUCGAAAAUUGAAUGAUGUAUAUUUAUCUCAACUGAAUAGAAAAUACGAGUUAAAAUAUAUUAUUAUACUAGAAGUGCUGUUAUGAAGUAUGUAUAUUAACCAUCAGCAUUAAACACAUAUCUGUGCUUGAAAAUUCAAUUCAACAUUCCGGAAAAAGUCUAGUGAAUUAGGACAUUAACAUAAAAGUAAUUAUUCAUCUUUAAUGAUAUCAAACAAAGCUUCCUUUUACGAGUUUACAGAAAUUGCAAUGUCGAAAAAAAUAUUUUACUACAUCAACACUAAGUAGACUUAUUUUUAUUAUUGAUUUUGACAGCACCCUCAUUUAGAUAUGUGUGUGUGACACACAUACACAUUUAAAAACAUAUCAAAUCUCUUAAUUCAUAUUUACCAAAACUCCUAUGUACAUAUGCCCUACCAAAAAAUACAUUGUACUUGUGAAUUGAUAGUAUCGAACGUUAAACAGAAGUCCAUUACAAUGUAUUCAUAGAAAUGUUAAGUACAUAUUAAGAACACAGGAUCCACGUAAAAAAUAGGUAGUAUAAUUUCGAAUUUAUCGUACAGGGGUAGAAGACCAAUAAAGCAUCCUACAUUUUUUGGUUUUAUAAACUUUAUAGCAAUCGUAUCCAAAUUAUAACACAUGAAAAAAGAUUACAUGCUCAAGCUUAGAAUAACUCAGUCACUGAUGAAAUUUAAUGAAGUAAAUUUGUUUUUGAAAGGUGUAAUACCUAGUAUCAUAUAGUCUAUGGCAAACUGCAGUUAGUGAUACAACAGUGAUUAAUCAUUAUUGUCAUCAGCCCGAAAAUGAUGCUGAAUGUAUAACUCGGGAAUCUUAAAUUUAAAACAUAUUGGUAAUAAUGAAGACCAAUUGUUUUUACAUGCUUGCAUGAGAUUGUUCCACUAAUCUGGUUGCACUUAAAUUGUCUAGCUUAUCACUUUACAUUGACUCACGGUCUUUCUAAUAUUGGCGACUACUGAUAUAUAUAUAUAUACACAUACAUAUAUCUAUCUACAAUCAUUAUCUACUUGAUUUUACUUGAUUAAUCGAAAGAAAACCAUUGAGGAAAACGCUCUCGGAAUCCGCAACUUGCUCGAUUCUAUCAGAAUUCGACCGUUGAUGAAAUCCUACCGUUUUGACAACUUUUUCUCGUAAUUCAGUUAAUCGAUAAAAACUUAAUUACAAAAUAUUGCAUUUGAUGAAAAAUUCUUUUGUUAAUCCACGACGAUUUUUCAGAAAAUGUGAACGAAUUUAAUCAAAUUUUAUGAUCUAUCCUAAGUUUCAAAAAGAAUGUUCUUUUAGUAAAAAUCAGAGAAGGCAGAAUUCCAAGAGUAAUCGUAUAUUGCUGAAAUGACCGUAAUCCGAAUUGUAUAAAGA